AUGGGUCGUAAGAAGAUUCAGAUUAAGCCCAUAAAGGACGAAAGGAAUCGACAAGUAACAUUCCUAAAAAGAAAAUACGGACUCAUGAAAAAAGCGUAUGAGCUCAGUGUACUAUGUGACUGCGAAAUAGCGUUAAUAAUAUUCAACUCAAAUAAUAAGCUAGUGCAGUAUGCGAGUACCGACAUCGACAAGAUUCUGUUGAAGUAUACAGAGUAUAGCGAGCCACACGAGAGUAAAGGAAAUCACGAUUUUGCGAAUACAACAGAUAAUGGCGACGAUGAUGAAAUGCCUCCGCCAGGAUUCGAUACCAUUAGCCCAACUACGGAUCAAAAAACGCAUCGAUACUCUAUUUCGUCACAAUUAUCACCAACCCCGCCACAAACAAACACCAAUUCCACACAAAACUACCACACGCCAUUAUCAACCGCGUCAUAUCCGAUGAAUAAUGCUACUAGUUAUAGUAUGUACCCACAACAACAACAAUAUAUGGUGCAACAGGUAACCCAGACGCAAGUCACUCAAACGAUGCACCAUCAGUCAAUGGCAGCAAUGUCGAUGCCAAUUCUUCCUCAGUUAUCCAUGGCGAAUUCAAUUGUCCCACCUAAUUUAUCAAUAACUCAGCCGAUGGCGCAGAUUGAAGCCAAUCCAGCCAAUCAAUCAUCGUCAGCGUCAUCGAAUGCAAAUAAUAACAAUAACGGUAAUGGUGAUUUAUUAUCACCUCCAAUUGUAUCACCAACCGCAAAAAAACCAAAACUUCGAUCCUUACAAUCGACUGCUCAACAACAAGAUGAAUCUUCGGAUCAUGAAGAAGAAAGUCCCUCAGAAUCUCAACAACCAAUUCAAUCAUCUCAACCGCCGAAUUCAUUAAGACCAACACCUUCGACAACAGACCCAGGACCAACAUCGGCAUUACCACAAUUUGCACAAAAUUUACCAUCCCCAUCAACAUUCUUCUCUGAAUUUUAUAAAACAGCAGAACUACCAAGUCCACUCUAUAAUAAUACACCGACUAGUGCACAAUCUAAUGUAUUUCACUGGCCACCACAACAACGGAAUGUUAGCGGGUAUCAACCAUCCCCGUUAUCGAAACACGAUAAUAAUUCCGGGAAUGCAGCCAAAACGAGACCUCCACCCACUGAUGAUGACGACGACGGGAACGGCAAUAUCGAAGAACCAAAUAAGAAAAAACAUAAACAGUCAUAA